AACACACUUAACCCUUCUGUUUAGAGUAAUUGCGCUCAGCAGUAAAGAUAAAAAAAGCCGAAGCAUUGAGGAACAUCUGGGCGCAGACGAUGCGCCCAGAUGUGAGGAACACGUGCUUUGCUCCAGCAGCCCUACAGGCGCACCACACAUUUGGAUUCCUUCCCUUUUCCAGCCUCCCCAUGUUGCUGCUGCGGGUACCACUCCAGACCCGAGCUGGUUUCAAGUCUCCCCAACAAACCAGGAAGGAUACCUGCAGAUUCAAGGUGCUCAAGAGGAGUUUUCAUGCAAACACCAGUGCGAUGCUGUGGAUGUGACUUCAGGCUGCAGCCAUGAAAG